GUCCGCGGGUCCAAGCUCGGAGCGACAUGACGAGAAAUUUAUCAUUUUAAACUUCCUCCGUGCACUGAAGCUUUCAUUCGCCGCACCGCAAACUAAUUCUCAACCGCUCAACCGAUCAACCAUCUCGACGACGACGUCUUCGUUUCUCGCCUCCAGACAAUCGCCAAUUGAGUCCUAUUCAGAUCGCAACAAUGUUCCGCGCAGGGUUCAUCCGCACCGCCGUAACGGCAUCUCGCGCCGCCGCCGUCGCUGCUCGACCUGUUGCCCGAAGAACUAUCGUCCCCGCCAGAGCUGUCUUCGCCCCCGCGCCUAGACUUGCUGCCUUCCAAAAUGUACGGAUGUACUCUGCCGGUGGUGGUUUAGCGAGAAACGAGGUUACAGCUCGCAUCUGCAAGAUCCUAGAGACUUUCGACAAGACCAACGACCCGGCAAACAUCAACGAGAAAGCCCACUUCGCCAACGACCUCGGUUUGGACAGCUUAGAUACGGUGGAAGUUGUUAUGGCGAUAGAAGAGGAAUUCAGCAUCGAAAUUCCGGACAAAGAUGCGGAUGCUAUUCACAGUGUUGACCAGGCAGUCGAAUACAUCUUGGGCCAGCCGAACGCUAACUAGGCUUUCAAUCUUGUACAUUAACAAUUACACCACUCCUAUGGCAAUGGCCCGUACUUAGAAGUUGGAUCCCGCAGCGGUGGUCAUGUAUGCCUACACAUUUCAAGGCCGUAAUGACGGGAUUGGAGACGACCGGGCUGCCGGGGUCGGAUCCUGAUGAGAAAAAGAUAUCAAUGAAGUCGAACACGGCGUGGUUCGGAUCCAUACUCGAUUUCUCGCCGUUGUAUUAGUGUAUAGAUCUUUUCUCUCUACCCACAGGUGUUCUCGGUCCCUAAUCUAACCGUAUGCUGAGACGAUUGCUCCGAGGUUGUCGUCAAUAAACGAUGGGAUUUCGCUAAAAAUAGUGUUAGGUAACUACUUAGGUAUCUAGUAGAUUUGCGGAUCGUGUUGAGGCUAACUGCUAAGCUGGCUCUGCCGCUUAACUAAUGAAAUCCAAUAGCCUGGGAGUUGGAUCCCCGCCAGCGAUUUUCAUAGCCAACUCACAAUUUCACCUAAUAGCUUGA